AGGAGGUUCCCCUGGUUGCAUCUCUUGUUACUGGUGAUUUUCAUCUAUUCACCAGGGGAGCUGAUGUGAGCUGGGUAUAUAGGGCUUGCCUGGAGUCUCAGGUUGGUGCCAGGUCCUGCAAGCUGUCCUGCCGACUGCCAUGCCUACCCAGCUGGAGAAAGCCAUGGACACCCUCAUUCAAAUCUUCCACUGUUACUCCAGUAAAGAAGGGGAUAUGUUCAAGCUCAACAAAGGGGAACUGAAGUUGCUGCUCCAGAGUGAGCUCACUGAUUUCCUUUCAUGCCAGAAGGAUCCUGAGUUGGUUGACAAGAUUAUGAAGGAUCUGGAUGCCAAUAAAGACAAUGAAGUGGACUUUAAUGAGUUUGUAGUUAUGGUGGCUGCCCUGACAGUGGCUUGCAAUGAUUACUUUGUAGAGCAGCUUAAGAAAAAAGGAAAGUAG